CGGGGCGGCCGUCACGAAACGUAUAUCUGACACGAUAGGGUCGAAUCCUGACAGUAGUCGCUCGACGCCGCUUCACUGCAAGCGCUCAAUGUUCAAACGUUGCUCCUACCACUACCUCUGAGACUUCAUUCAUAUUUCAUUCAUUCAUUCGUUGUCCAGCGCAUUGCUAGUGCAAUUCCUGACCUGGUUUCUUGCUCUUUCACCUCCAGUAGUUCAGGUGUUUUUGAGUUAGUAAUACUCGUGACCGUGCGACAGCCAAGCCAAGGGCUCCGUUCAUAUCCUUUCUGUUUCCAGUGGAUGAUCAAUUUUAGGAUUUAGUGUUUCACCUUUAGGAGACAAUAUGUCUCGUUUUGUCGCUCGUUCAACAAAUGGUGUACCGUCCUCGUCAUCCUCAACGACGGCCACAAAUGCUUCGGAAGUAGCUCAACUCAACGCUAGUAUUACUUCCCCACCGGGCUGCCGAUUCAGUUUCUUCAAGCAGCUAUGGAGGAAGCCGAAGAAAACAGACAACCAUCUCCUGGCAAACUUCUACCGCGAAGACUCCAAGCUACAGCAAACUGUGAUGCGCCUUCUGGUUAUACCCACCGAUCAGCAAACUGGCGAAGAAGCCAAAACACUCUCCCAGCGCAUGAGGCGCCUGCAAGGAGUUGUCAUGAACCUCAUCAUGGAUGUGGUGCGCGAAGCCUUGCCGGACACCUACAAUCGUCGCGAUUUUAGAGCCAAGUACACCGAAGAAGUAGUGACGGACAAUAUCAAUGGUGCACUUUGGCACGCCGCUGAGUGUUUGUCGUUCGGAGUUGAAAUUGCUUACCACCCAUCAGAAUCUCUGGAGCUGCAGCCCCUAGCCGCACAGAUGUCCAGUCUGAUUGAUUCUCUGCGCACCACUCUCCGCACUCACUGCCACAUCAAGGAGUUGUCCCAGCUACCAGCCAAUGUGCGAGACCUGCUCCAACUUUUCGAUGUCAAAUGGGCCGAGUUUGAGUGGAACUAUGCCUCCAUGAUGUGUCCCGUGCUGACCUUGGAGCAAUAUGACCAGCAGCAGGAGACGGUCGUUCUGAUGUGCGAGGCGGCACAGCGAGCGCUGCGCAAGGGCUGGCUCAACGCCGAGAUGUUUGAGUUCACGGACCCAGUGCUGAUGUUCGCCAUCCCUCGCCUGGCCAUUGUCACUGGUCUCUCGCAUAACACUGCUGGACCGCUGGACCUCAGCCGUGGCGUGGAUGAGGUGCCACAAUGUUUCCGAGUCUUCCUGAAAGUCCUCGUCAAAGUCAAGAAUCUGCUUGAGAUUCUGAAACCCGAGGAACUGGAUCGCUUGGAGUCGGCCCUUUGCUCGUCUGAAGGCCUGUGCACCAGUGACCGCAGCCAAACUGGCCAGCUGAAGGCCGUGACGGUAGUUGUGAAACGCCGUCCGCGCUCCAAGCGUCUUGAUGCUGUCAGCCAAGAGGAUGAGGGCGCUGAUGAUAGCAAGCGUACCCUGUCACAGUCUAAGAGUGUUCCCGGCGCAGGCUGUAUGUACACCAAGUCUGGGCGUAGACUGGAGAAAUGGGAAGAGCCCAGUGCCCAGGAGCUACGUGCAGCAUUUCCCAACACUGACGAUCUGCUGCAGAGACUAUUUGUAGCCAUCUCGGGUAUUGCUGAUCAGAUGCACAACAACUUUGCCGGUCAACUGCGCACUAUCCUGCAGCGCGUCUUUGUCGUUUGCACACCUGACGAAGAUGAAGAAGUGGAGAUGCCUACUGAGCAUCCGUCAUCGCAGGAGAAGCCUGACGACGAGGAGGAAGACAAUGAGUGUCUGGCGCCGUUGCAGGAGGCGAACAAUGCGUCACCGGCGCGUGCCGUUAUGCAGUCGCCGCUGCACGUGUCCCGAGUACAAUCCCCCGUCAGCACUGAACACCGUGUUAGCCGCCGUGAGAGUGUCAGCAGUGCGGACAGUCCACGACACGCCGUUGCCGGCAGCCAUCGACCGGUCUGGGUGCCGGACGACAACACGGUAGCAUGCAUGGGCUGCGAGCAGCCCUUCACGCUGGUGCGGCGCAAGCACCACUGCCGCUCCUGUGGGCACGUGUUCUGCAGCCGCUGCAGCGGCCACGCUAUCCCGCUGCCGCACUUGCAGUACAACCGGCCGGUCCGGGUCUGCGAUUCCUGUGUCAGCGGCCUGGCAGCAACGUCUCACCUUGAAUGCUCCUGAGCACUGCACCACUAUGAGUAACGUUAGUAUGACUAUGCCUAGCCAAUGUUGAAAUGCCUACCCAACGUUCAAAUACUUUAGGUCAAUUCACUAUUUCUAGAAGUUUUCCAAGUGAGCUAGGUUAGGUUGCUCGUGUUCUUAGAUUGCUUAGAGUGCAUGCUUAUGUUGUGUUGCGUUGAGUUCCGUCCUCAUUCUUCAUAUUGAUUUCUUCCUCCUAAACUAUUUGAUUGGGCCAUCUAAAAUAUUACCAUGCUGGUGUUCGUUUUCUGUUUUUUUUUGUUUUUUUGUUGAUAUUGUGUUGUCACGCUGCGCUGUCCACAUUCCGAACCAUGAGAAGAGAACCACAAAGUCCAGUUCUAUGCUGCCGAUAUCCACAUUAAAUAAGUCUAAUUAUCCUUCCGCUCACAGAACUAUUAUUGAAUAUUCUAUCACUCUUCUCGUUAGUGGAGAUCACAAAAUGCCCUUCUGUUCUAUUUAGGAGUACGGUUCAUCAUCGGAAUGGACAAUCCGGCUUCCUAUUUAUCCCUUCAUCUCAUUCUGCUGCUAGCCAGGAAGGGUUGAUUAGAGUGGAGUAUGUAGCUGUUUUGAGUGCCGGCACCCAUCUACAUUCUCACUUUCAGAUAUCCACCCCUGACAUCUGGCUAUGAUCUCUUACCAUCUGACUGUUGCAUUUUCUUUUCCUUUUUAUCCAGAGUUUUUAUACUCAUUUUAAUCAAUAAUCAUGAUAUGUGUUGACAAAUCCUGGCGGAGAUUCUUCAUUAAUCUACUGAGAGAAUGGCUUUUUA